CACUUACGACUCGGUUACGUACGGACGGUUAUAAUGAUCGCUCUAAAAUAAACGUUAAAUUUGAAAAAAAAAAUAAAAAAAUUUUCAAUAACGCUUUUGAAGAAAGCCACGGUUUGUGUGAAUGAUAAAUUUAAAAAAAAAUAAAUAAUAAAAUGUUAAUUUUUUUGUUUGUGCUUCCAUUAAUUUACUAAUAAAAGCUUAAUAAUUUUUUUAUUAAAAAUAAAUUAAGAAAAAUUAAAUUUUAAUAAAACGAAAACAAUUUUAAAUGCUUUAAACAAAAAAGAAAUUUAUUUUAUGAGAAAAUAAAAAGUGCUUUUUUUGAAAAUAAUUGCUUAAAGAAAUUUAAAUUAAAUAGAAAAAGUUUAUUAAAUGUUUUAAAUUUUUUCAACGAUUAUGAUCUUUUCCCUGGGAUUAAUAUAAUUGGAUUACAUAUUCCCCUAAAUUUGGAUUACUUUGGUCGAUUUUGCUAACAACUAAAAGCAUGGAACUCAGUUCAGUGAUCUUGCAAAUUUCAUUUCUUAUAAUUUUUGGCAAAAUGUUGGCAUUCGGUUUUGUCGGUCCCGAAGAGCGAAAGUGUAAAUAUUUGCGAGUGGAUAAAUUAUUGAAAAUACGCUGUUACGAUAUGAAUCUGAAGGAGGUGCCGCAAUAUCUUAAAACAUCUGUAGAGGUUUUAGAUUUAUCAUUUAAUCGCAUUAAGAAACUUAAACGCAGCUCAUUUCAACCCUAUACAAGUGUUAAGUAUUUAUUACUCUAUGAGAAUAUGAUACAAUCCGUGGAACCGGGUACCUUUUCACAUUUAACAUCACUACAGGAAAUAGAUUUAUCAAAUAAUGCUCUUAUGACCAUACCGUUGGAGCUGUUGCAAUUACCCUCUUUAAGAAAUCUAUAUAUAGAUAGUAAUGAAUUGACUUUCUUGGAAAGAGAUCUAGAGGCUUUGGAAACUCCUAUAAAAGCUCCUUUAGAAUAUUUAAAUGUGGCCGAUUGUGGUCUACAGGAUAUACCCGAUUUGGGUAUAUUACCAAAACUUUGGCAUAUAAAUGCCUCUAUGAAUCCUUUAAUGGACUUAAGUAUUGAUCGUUUUGCCAAUUUGUGCAAUCUGAAGAGUAUAGAUUUAACACGCACUCAACUAUCACAGUGUCAGUGCCAGCAGGUUAAUAAUCACUUAAGAAGUUUACAAGUGAAGACAAAAUUUGUUCCAGUUUGUGUGGAAGUUUUAGAAACCUCCAUCUGUCCACUGCCUUACAAUUUCACCAUCGAUUCUGAAACAUUUCAGACAUGUAAGACUACGGUGAAAAUAGCAGAAGCACGAAGUAUGUGGAUGCUGGUAGCGGGCUGCGCGGGCGGCGUACUAGCAGUUAUAUUAGUGGUCUGGUACUGCAUCUACAGACGACGCAAGAGACGUAAUAAGAAAUUAAGAGCCGCUGCCUUGCAUCGCAAAAGUUUAGUUAUAUCGCCGAAAAAUGCCAUAAAUAGAAAUGAAAAGGAAUUUCACUGCAUCAAUCACAAAAAUGAACUGUUAUACUGUGAUACUGCCUAAAUAAAAUUUUAAUUUUAAUUGAAAUUGAAACCCUUCCUCAAAUAUUUACCAAACAAUUAAUUAGUUUUUAAGUCCAUAAUAACAUUAAUGCCAUAUGACUUUGUUUUGUAAAAUAAAAUUUAAUUUAUUAUUUUUAACGGUUCUAUAUAGUUAGUGCCUUAGCUUGCUGUAGAAAUUAGUAUUAUUAAUUAAAGUUUUAAUUAAACAAUCACACAACUAGUUAAUUAAUAGUUUCAUUAAUAUAAUUAAUAUUUAAUUAUUAUUAGAAAUAUUUU